CAUCUAUGGUCGCAUUCUUUUCCGAACGCAAAUGUAUAAUAAGAGUUACGACUCGAAGGGCAGCCCAUGAGGUUGAUCCAUCAAUCACAGGGCCAGCUAAGUCAAGGUUGGUUUACGUGCAGGCACAGUGACAUCGCUUCUUCAGUCAAAUUUCGAGUUGUCUGUCUAGAACCAUGGGGAAGAAAAGUCGGGUGAAGACUCAGAGGUCCGGUUCUGGAGCCAGUGCAGUGGUGUCCUACAAAGAGAUGAUGAACCUCAUCUCUGAACUGCUGCAGAAAUGCAGUAGUGCAGCUCCCUCUCCUGGUAAAGAGUGGGAUGAAAACAUUCAGAUCAGAGCCCUCGUGGAAAAGAUCCGUAAAAAACAGAAAGGUUUAUCUGUGGUGUUUGAGGGUACCAGAGAGGACCACUUCCCAGACUUGUUGUCCUGGGCUAAGGAGUGUGGAGCUUCCUGUGAGGGCUUCACUUUGACCAACUUUGGUGCAGAAGGAUAUGGCCUGCAGGCGACCUGUGACAUCAAGGCUGAAGAACUUUUUCUGUGGAUUCCAAGAAAGAUGCUGAUGACAGUGGAGUCGGCUCAAAAUUCCAUACUUGGUCCUCUGUACAGCCAGGACCGGAUCCUACAGGCCAUGGGCAACGUGACUCUGGCCCUCCACCUGCUCUGUGAGCGUGCAGACCCACUGUCACCAUGGCAGCCGUACAUCCGCAGUCUUCCUCAGGAAUAUGACACACCGCUAUACUACCAGCAGGAUGAGGUGGAGUUGCUCCUGGGCACACAGGCAGUGCAGGAUGUUCUCAGCCAAUAUAAAAACACUGCACGCCAAUAUGCCUACUUUUAUAAACUGGUCCAGACUCAUCCAGCAGCCAAUAAACUGCCCCUGAAGGACAGCUUCACUUUUGAUGACUACAGGUGGGCUGUGUCUUCAGUGAUGACCCGUCAGAACCAGAUUCCAACUGAAGAUGGCAGCCGUGUCACUCUUGCCCUUAUCCCGUUGUGGGACAUGUGUAACCACACUAAUGGACUGAUUACAACAGGCUACAACCUGGAGGAUGAUCGCUGUGAAUGUGUGGCACUGAAGGACUAUAAGAAGAACGAUCAGAUCUACAUAUUCUAUGGCACAAGGUCCAAUGCUGAGUUUGUCAUCCACAAUGGUUUCUUCUACCAAGACAACGCUCACGACCGGGUGAAGAUCAAGCUGGGUGUCAGCAAGAGUGAACGUCUGUAUGCAAUGAAGGCCGAAGUUCUAGCCCGAGCUGGGAUACCGGUGUCAUGUGUCUUUGCUCUUCACUGCAACGAGCCCCCAAUUUCAGCUCAGCUUUUAGCCUUUUUAAGAGUCUUCUGCAUGACUGAAGAGGAAUUGAAGGACUUCUUACUCGGAGAACAUGCUAUCAAUAAGAUCUUCACCUUAGGCAACAGCGAAUUUCCUGUUAGCUGGAAGAACGAGAUCAAUUUGUGGACGUUCUUGGAGACUAGAGCUGCUCUGCUGCUCAAAACCUACAAGACCACCUCAGAGGAGGACAGUUUGUUACUGGAGAAGCCCGAUCUUUCCAUGCAUUCUCGCGUGGCCAUACAGCUCCGACUGGCUGAGAAACAGAUCCUUGAGAAGGUUUCUUCCAGCGGUCGGGAAAAACGGCUCUACUACCAGAAGAAGCUGGAAGAGGGCGCUCCUUUACCUCUUUAUGAGGAGAGUGACAUUGCUUUGCUGGAAAGUACAGAUGACAAUGCAAAGCUUCCUAUUCUCAUGCACAAACUGGAUGAGGUGGACGAUGACCAGGCAAUCCCAGUGGAGGAGCACAGCCACAUCAUGAAUGGUAAAAAGUUGGCGUACAGAAUGAAGGGUAAUGGAAAGCCACAGCAGGUUAUUCAGGAAAGUAUCAGCACUGAUAUUAAUCAAGCUUUAGACUCAAAUGGCAACGCUUCAUUGGAUCAGGGUCAGACGGAAGUGUCUAAGCACUGUGACACUGGGACUGAAGAGGAACCCAGGGAGGCUAAUUAAAAUAUUUCCCCUCCCAGCACACAAACACUGCUAUUUAUUUAUUCUUUGAUUGUGUAACUGCUGCUGCAGGGAUUUGCCCCCUCCACCUUGCGAGGAUUAAGGAUUAAGGGGUCGAAGAUGGAUGGGUGGGUGGAUGGAUAACUGUUUAGGUUGCAGGGCUCCAGACUACAAGCGUCACACUUUGCAGUUCUAUGCCACCAGAUGUAAGCUUAUAAAGGGCAACUUUUGUACAAAUACAUAGUAAAAUGAAGCAAGACAUGGUUGUUUUUGUACGUGUACUGUUAAAGCAUCAGAUGGUAGUAGUCCAAAGGUUUGUCUGGAGCCCUGUCUAUUUUGGUUUGUAACUCUAGUUUGUGUGUGAAUGGUUGCAAAUGUAAAGUUGACAAUCGUGCUGAAAAUAUUUUUCAGCUUAAAAAUGAAAAAAGAUUUAAAAAAAAGCCUUGUCAUCAUGAUGGAACUUUUUUUCACUGGAAACAAUUUUUCAAAGACUUCUGUUCUUGGUUACAUUGGAUGCCUGUGUGUUGGAUGGCAUUCUUAAAAGCAACAUAAAAGUCCCAAGCAACCUGGACAUGGACUGUUUUUUUUUUUUUUUUGUUAAUGUGACUGAUGUCACAUUAAUAUUCAUACAUAAAAGUGUUGGUUAACUAAGAUCUCUGUCUGUAUAUUAUGUGGAAUUCAUUUUAGUGAGUUUUCCAUUUAUGCACUCUUAACUUGUUUUAAAAUAUAAACAAGUUAUUAAAUAUAUAUGUAUAUAAACAUAUAUAUAGUAUAUAUAUUUUUGCCACACUUUGUCUGUGGCCAAAGACUGCUUUAAAGUUACUGUGAAUUAACAUUUUCCGGCAUGUGAAAAAGGUUCACAAUAUCAAUUGACCAUAGACAGUUAGUAGUUCUUGUGAGUCUUGUUUGAAUUUUUCAUUCAGCUUGUUCCCAUACUGUAAAUAUUACUGUAGGGGAUGGAGUGUCAGAUUGGAGUAAGUGUUUUUGUUCCUAUGUUGCCUCCUCUAGCCCACAGUAGAUGUGUUUUCCUCAUAGGUAACAUUUUCUUUGUUGAAGUUGCCUUCCACCGAGUUCAUCAUUCAUAGGUGUCAUAAGAUGUUUCCAUCUGAUUAAGUUUUUUUUUGUUGUUGUUGUUGUUUGUUUGUUUUGUUUUAGCUUUCGCCCUCAUUUUUUGUCAGAAAAAGUCUUUGAUUUAGUUCUUGAUCCCAGUGGUUGGAUUGUGCCAUAGUACUGGUGCUAUGCCAGUUGAAGUUUCUGCAGUGGAAACAUGUGAAAUUACAGAACCUAAUAAAGUAUAAUUAAUAAGUUUUACAAAUUAA